AUGGCAUAUGCCAAGUUAAAUAUCACUUUUGUCCCUUCAGCUGAAAUAAAAAUAAUGGCUAACAAGAAUCUGGAAAGUAAGUUAUUGGUUCUUCAAACUGAUGAAGAUACCUUCAGCGUCACCGCGGACAAUGAACUCACAAUGGUCCAUCUUCAAAGCAAAAUGUGUUCGUGUCGAGAGUUUGAUUUGGACAAAAUACCUUGUCAACAUGCUAUGGCAGCGCUCAGGCAUAAGUUUGGAGAUGAAUAUGACAAGAUGAUUUACAAUUUUUCCUCUCCAUAUUGUAAGGUAGAGUCGUAUAUACUUGCAUAUGCAGAUUCAAUUUAUCCGGUGCUAGCUGAAGUAUUUUGGAAUCUUUCUCUGGAAAUUCUAGGGAGAGUAAUACCUCCACCUGAAAAGAAAACUAAACCGGGAAGAAAGCGGAUGAAACGGGUACCUACUAUAGGAGAAGUCGUUUCAAAGAAGAGAAACAAAUGUUCUUUAUGUAAAAGAUUUGGCCACAAAAAAACCACAUGUCCUACCAGAUCAAAUGGAGUUGCAUAA